AUGACCACCGAAAAGCCCUCAGUCGUGCUCAUCCAGGGCUCUUUCCAGACCCCCCUCGUCUACGCCAAGUUAACGACAGGACUUCGUGACCUGGGAUACCCCGUCAUCCAUCCAUCCCUCCCCAGCUGCACCAAUGUAGAGGCGGAUGACUUCCCCACCCGCACAAUGGAGGAUGACGCACGCACCAUCACCGAAACCCUACAACAGCUCAUCGAAAAAGAGGGCAAAUCCGUCGUCGUUGUCAUGCAUUCUUACGGCGGCAUUGUGGGUAGUACCGCUAUUCCUCAAUUCCUCGCCUACACUUCCCGUCAAGCAGAGGGCAAAAAGGGCGGCGGUGCAUCCGUCAUGGGGACGUUUGGCGAGUCGCCGAACAACUAUGUGACUUCUGACGGCCGUUUCCGUAUCACCAACGGGGCCGAGAUUCUGUACAGCGAUCUCCCGGACGCCGAAGCAGCCCUGUGGGAAUCGCGCCUCAUUCCGCAGUCUCACUUGGUACAAACAACGCCCACGACCCGUGCGGCGUACGAGUACCUGCCAUCUACUUAUCUCAUCUGUGAGGGUGAUCAGGCCGCACCUGUCGCAUUCCAGGGCGGAUUUGCCAAGUUGGCUCGGGCGGAGAUUGAUCGCUGUAGCGCGGGUCAUUCGCCGAUGCUGAGCCAGCCGGAGAUGCUGGUGGGGAAGAUUGCGGCAGUCGUGGAGAAGGCGGUUGCGGCGUCUACUUAG